UUGUAGGUUAGAAUCUUAGAUUAUACUGAAGACUGAAGUUUCUGAUUUGGAAAUUAUAAAUGAAACUACUCUUAUUAAAAGUUUUGUUCAAACCUUAAAUAUCUGUUGUUUAAAAGUAGUUUGUAUAAAGAAAUACAUACAAUGGAAUCGUUUUUUACCCUACCAUUUAUAGUACUAGAAGUGCCUCAUAUGAAGAUAAAAAGACCUUCUUGGUUAAAACAACCAUCUGCUAUGGCUAUGUUUUCGAUUGUGCUUGCUUCAUAUUUUCUUGUAACUGGAGGUAUCAUUUAUGAUGUUAUUGUCGAGCCUCCCAGUGUGGGUUCUACAACGGAUGAACAUGGUCAUUCAAGACCGGUAGCAUUUAUGCCAUAUAGAGUGAACGGACAAUAUAUCAUGGAAGGACUGGCUUCAAGUUUCUUGUUUUCAAUGGGAGGAUUAGGCUUUAUAAUUUUAGACCAAAUUCAUACUACAACAACUCCAAGACUUAACAGGUUGCUUAUAACUGCUGUGGGAUUUAUAUGUGUCCUUGUUUCGUUUUUUACAACUUGGAUAUUUAUGAGAAUGAAGUUACCAGGUUAUCUGCAAUCUUAAAACAGUUUAGAUAAGUAAAUGCUUUAAUGCAUUUUUUGUUUGUAUUUUACUGCAGUAAAAUUAUGAAUAUUUCAGUUUGAUUUGUAUUACGAAUUUACUCUUUUUACUGAAUAUUUAAUAUCAAAAUAAAUAAAACAUUUUCUAAUUUA